AUGACGGUAAUCGCGGACAUAGUUGGAGUAGAUAAUGGCAGAACUUUUUUUUGGGACUGGAUGCAAGACUUAAAUACCACAGUGGAGCUUGAUCAAAAAUCUCAAUGUGAAGGGAUGCUCAACACAACUAGAUUAUCAAUUCAAGAGGACGAUUGGAGUUGGGUUUCGGACUCUAGCAAGGGGUUCUCUGUUCGUUCUAUUCGGAAAUUGUGUUUGGAUACCAUCCCUGGUGAAGAAGGUCAUGUUUUUCUGUGGAACCGAUGGCUGCCGAAGAAAGUAAAUAUAUUCGGGUGGAGGGCGUUGAUGGAGCGACUGCCAACUUGGGAUACACUUCGAAAAAAACGAGUUCAGAUUGAGUCCGACGCGUGCCCUCUUUGCGAAGAGGCCGCGGAGACUGUUGAUCACUUAUUCACAGCUUGCAGUUUUGCUUGUGAAGUUUGGUAG